AUGGGCGAGGUGCCAUGGGCGCCGCCAGGCGAGGCGAGGAAAAUACCACUUGGUGUGGCGUUGUUGGGUGAGGCUCCGUCUGGAAAGGCGCCAUGGGCACUAUCAAUUGAACAGGGUGAUCGGAGCAUGUCAAGGCUGGCAUACUUGGGCGUCAAAUACAGAGAGACGAGCUCAGGUGUUGUACACGAGGUGACCCAACUGGGCGUCGAAUGUGAGGUGGCCCAGAUAGACACCGUUGAUGAGGCGACCCAACUCGGCUCCAAAAGCGAGGUGAUGGAGCCCGUAGAUGGUGUCGUGCACGGUGGUUUCCAGGCACAGAGCUUUGGGGGUGCAGGAGCUAACCUAAACAUGGUCGUGCGUGCUCGAGGCACCAUGGUUGGUGUUGGCACAUGA